GCUGCUGGGACCUCAAUGGUGGUGAAUGGCAACUGCGGGUGUGUAAAUAACGCUGGCAGGGGCGAAGAGGCGUUACUUGCGGGCCUGAUUCUCCAGAGGGUCGACAUGAAGGCUCAAGUGGUGCUGCUCCUGCUGGGGGCUGCUGUGACGGCGGCAACCAGUCCGCCUUUUGUGGAACUCCCUAGUGAUCCUGAUGCUCCUGAGUGUGAGGGACGCCCACUGGUUGACCGCUGGAGGAAGGACUGCAACUGGUGCUCCUGCAAUGAGGGGAGAGUGAGGUGCUCCCGACAACUGUGUCCUGAAGGUCAGCAGGAUCCAGAACCACAGUGUGAGGGCAGCCCCACUUGGAAGGAUGACUGCAACACGUGCCGCUGUGCUGGUGGCCGAGCUGUGUGCACCGCCAAGCACUGUGAUCAACUUGGUCCAGAGCAGCAGAUUGUGGAAGUGCAGGUGGAGAGUGCAGAGUGUAAGGAAGGCUCCCGGUGGCGUGUGGAGUGCAAUUGGUGCACCUGUCGGGGAGGGAAGGGCGCCUGCACAGAGAUGGCCUGUUUAAACUGGGAUGAGGACCAGGCACGGGAGGAUGGAAUCUUGGAGUGUCACGGAUCAUCUCGCUGGAAGAAAGACUGCAACUGGUGUCGAUGUGCCGAGGGCCGUGGAUUCUGUACCAAGAAAGCCUGCCCACAGACUGGUCCUUUUGACAACUUGCCGGAGGAUGCAAUGUGUGUCCCUGGCUCCCGCUGGCUGGUGGACUGUAACUGGUGUGGGUGUUCUGAUGAUGGCAGGAGCUCCUUCUGUACUCUGAUGGCAUGCAUCCCUGGUUACGUUCACGAGGGACCCACCUGUGAAGAUGGCUCUGUGUGGAAGACUGACGACUGCAACAUUUGCCGCUGCAUUGAUGGCAUGAGUGCCUGCACCAAGCGCCUCUGUGCCACUCCCAAUCAGGAGCCAAGAACACCACAAGUACCAAAUGAGCCAGAGUGCCAGGGUGAGCUAGGCAUUGACCGCUGGAGGCAGGAUUGCAACUGGUGCAAUUGUCGUAAUGGAGUCGGAGCGUGCACCAAGCGACAGUGUUUGGAGGGUGUGAAGGACGACCAGCCUGAGUGUGAGGGAAACCCAUCAUGGAUGAAGGACUGCAACCGUUGCCACUGUGUGGGUGGCAGAGCUGUGUGCACCACCAAGUUCUGUGGACCAAUUCCAGCCCGACCUGCCAUAGCCACUGUGCACAGGACACCUUUGGGGCCGGCAAGGCCAGCAGGUCCUCCAGGGCCACCAGGGCCACGAGGGCCAGCAGUGGAGCCAGUCUGCCAGGGCAACUCAGACACUGACUUCUGGUUCAAGGACUGUAACAGGUGCAGGUGUCUGGGCAGUGCGGCAGCGUGCACCAGGAGAAUGUGUCGGCCAGGUGAAGUAAAUAGCCCAAAAUGUGGAGGAAACCCAUCAUGGAAGAAAGAGUGUAAUCACUGUCACUGUAACAAUGGCACGGCUGUCUGCACUACUAAGUUCUGUGGACCAAUUCCAGCCCGACCUGCCAUAGCCACUGUGCACAGGACACCUUUGGGGCCGGCAAGGCCAGCAGGUCCUCCAGGGCCACCAGGGCCACGAGGGCCAGCAGUGGAGCCAGUCUGCCAGGGCAACUCAGACACUGACUUCUGGUUCAAGGACUGUAACAGGUGCAGGUGUCUGGACGGUGCGGCAGCGUGCACCAGGAGAAUGUGUCGGCCAGGUGAAGUAAAUAGCCCAAAAUGUGGAGGAAACCCAUCAUGGAAGAAAGAGUGUAAUCACUGUCACUGUAACAAUGGCACGGCUGUCUGCACUACUAAGUUCUGUGGAAUCUCCCGUGGUCUGGCACAAAGUCAUGGUAGGCAGGCUCUUGUUGUAAAGAUCAGCAAGCCAGUAUGUGAGGAUGGCUCCCGCUGGCGUGUUGGCUGCAACUGGUGCACCUGUCACAACGGCAUGGCUCGCUGCACCAAGAGGGCCUGUAUUGAUGAGAAUCAUGUGAGUGGCCCAGAAUGUGAGGGAGAUGCCACCUGGAAGCAAGACUGUAACUGGUGCACCUGUGGGGACGGCCUGGCUCUCUGCACCAGGAUGGCAUGCCUCAAGGAAGCGAAGAAGCCGUGUGUGGAGGGAACAUCGUGGCGGAACGACUGCAACAUUUGUCGCUGCUCCAAUGGCUUUGUCCUGUGCACCAAGAAAGCGUGCCCUCAAACUGGCCAGGAAAUACCAUGCCAAGGAGAAUCCUGUGGUCCCAGCCAGCUGCCAGCGCUGUGUAGCCUCCCUCCUGUGCGUGAGGGACAGUUCAGUUGCGCAGCCUUCUUCCCUAAGUGGACGUACUCCAAGAAUGAAGGAGCGUGCAUUCAGAUCGUGUAUGGUGGAUGUAGGGGCACUGAAAAUCUGUUUGAUACUGAAGAUGAGUGUAAGGCAGCAUGUCCCUCCACUACCACAACCGCCACCUCCUCACCUCAGAUUAGACGCACCAAUGCUCUCGCCAAAACUAAUUUAGGUGAACGGUGCCAGCUCCCCAUAAUAAGUGGUCCCUGCUUUGCUGCCUUCUUCCACUAUGCCUACAACAGCACCAGUGGCCGCUGUCAGGAGUUCCUUUACGGAGGGUGUGGGGGCAACGACAACAACUUUGAGACGAAGGAAGAGUGUGUGGCUGCCUGUGAGAAUAGUCAAGCUGAGGAAGUUUGUGACAGGUUCAAGUGUCCGUGGCAGCUGUGGGACCAUUACCUGGCCAAGGAGUGUGUGCCGCAGUACACUGGGGAUUCCUGCUGCCCAACCUCCUUCCAGUGCCCAAGUGCCAGUGAGAGCCAGAAGGACUCCAGCAAGUGCCACUACCGGGGUGUGUCUUACAGUGUAGGGGAUUCAGUGCCAGUGGACAACCCUUGCUCUGCUUCCUGCAUCUGUGGCAUGUCCCAUGAUCCCACCGGCCGCCCAGCAGUGAACUGUGCCAACGUGGAGUGCCCCGAGUUGUUCCGUCCACCCCAGCCCGGCUGCCGGCCACUGUACAGGGCAGACUCCUGCUGCGCCUAUGACUAUGAGUGUGCUGACCCUGGCUCCCCUGUCCCAGUACCUCGAGCUGACACUUGCUCGUGGCAGAACAAGACUUACCUGGAAGGCUCCAAGAUGUUUUUUGAUGACCAUCCAUGCCAGUCUUGCAUUUGUGGCCCAGGUUUUACUGGCCCCAAUGGCCCAGGCUGCUCCAGGAUUGACUGUGGAUUAGAAUUCAGAUACACAUUGGAGAUCAAUCAAGGCUGCACACCCAUCUUCUUUGAGUCCAACUGUUGCCCCAUUGACUGGAUGUGCCCUGAUGACUCCAAAAUUGACUCAGACCAGCAGCAACAGCAGCAGCAGCAGGUGGGCUCCACUGAUGAGUCAGGUGUGUGCCACCUUGGUAACAUACGCCUGGCCGUGGGACAAGUGCUGGGCCUGACAGACUGCAAGAUAGAGUGCCGCUGUAUGACGCCCCCUGAGCUGACCUGCGUCCAGUACAGGUCGUGUGAGUCCAAACAGGAAAAUGCUGACCAGAGAGCUUGUCCUGCACUGCAAUGUGACACUGGAUGUCACCCUGUUGUGGACACUCCUGGACAGUGCCCCACCUGCUCUUGUUCCUCUGAGAUCUUCUCCUGUCCUGCCCAGACCUGUCCAAGUAACUGCAGACCUGAGCUGGACCUGGAGACAGGUUGUCCUUCCUGUAAGUGCCAGUGUCCUCGAGAGCUGGAGUGCCCGUCAGACUGCCCCUCUUACACAGUGAUGGAUGAAGCCACAGGAUGCCCUCGCUGCGAGUGCCAGCCUGGCUCACCCCAAGCCUGCCCUGUGUACCCUGAUGGGAAGGUGCCAUGUCCUCAAGACUGCGGUGUCAUCAAGGCCGUGGAUGAGAAUGGGUGUGAGGUGUGCAAGUGUGACCCGAAUGAUCCUGGAAAUCCUUUUGUUCCUCGUCAUCCUCAUUGCCCUGGAGAGGGGGAAGCUCCGUGCCCUAUGGACUGUGGGAUUAUCAGGAGGAUGGAUGAGAAUGGGUGUGAGGUGUGUGAAUGUGACCCAAAUGACACUGGGCAUCCUUUCCACCCUCUGAUCCCUCCCACCUUCAAUGCCGAUGGCACUGACUGUCUCACCAUGCUUGAUGGCCGGGCACCCUGCCCCAUGGACUGUGCCAUCAUCAGGAGGAUGGAUGAGAAUGGAUGUGAAGUGUGUGAGUGUGAUCCUAAUUACACUGGGAAUCCCUUUGGUCCUCCUCAAGCUGCACAACGUGUCCGUAGAUCUUGCCCCAGUGAGGCAGAGGCACCCUGCCCUGCAGACUGUGCUGUCAUCAGGUACACAGACAACAACGGCUGUGGCGUGUGCAAAUGCGACCCAAUUAACCCAGGAAAUCCCUUCAAUCCUCUUGUCUUCCCUGGUGUGAACAGAGCCUGCCCAUACCCUGAGGGCUCUGCUCCUUGCCCCAUGGACUGUGGCAUCAUAAGAGUCAAGGAUGAGAAUGGGUGUGAGGUCUGCAAGUGUGACCCAAAUAAUACUGGAAAUCCCUUUGGCCCGUAUGUGCCCCCAUCACAACCCUAUAGAUAUCAUUGGUAAUGGCAUAGUGGACACUGAUGAGGCACCAUAGUGAGGCAGGAUGAGUACUGCUGAGGGUAUCACUGCUGGAUAUUCAUGUGUCUUCACCCAGUACAGAUUAGGUUCAGUGUCAGAGUUUGUAAAUUGUUUGUGAUAAGAGGAAAAUAAUAUACAUAUGGUGAUUCUUAGAUGGCAUCUUGUAGUUAAGAAUGUAUUCAUAAACAAAGAGCUAAAAUGAUUUCCAUUUCUUUUAAGAAAUACUCGUAGUAGAGACAUGUCUUCCAUAUUCUCAUGAAAGAUAGAAAACUAAAGUCAAAUCUUUGAGAAAACACUAUCCUCACAAAACAGCAAUUAUUCAGAAAUAGCAGAAACGCGCUCAAUUUGACAGUUUUGUUCUGAAGGUGCGGACAUGAGGACGUGGUAUUCCCUGGUGGAGGAAUGUGCUGUUAGCAGAAUAGCCAACAUUUUGAGUGUUUCAGGGCCUAUCACACAAGUUCCACUUUGUGAGAGUUGGUCCCAAGGAAAUGUGGAAAUGUGCUUACAUGUCAAGAGGACAUUCACACAAAAAUGAAAUAAUUUUUUUGCAAAGACGAACUCAUGGUUGUUAGAUUUGUAGUGUUAUAUUUUGUUACUGCACUUCCUUGGAAACAAAUAAAAAAGGAAAUAUA